ACCUUCUACAAGUCAUGGAUAUAUAGAGAGAUGUCGCUAAAGGAACAGUAUCAGCAAGUAGCUGAGAAGCUAAUUGAGUCGUACACUAUUGAAUAUGUGACUCUGAGUAUACGGAAAUAUCUGAAGAAUACCCCUCGAAACCAAACCCUGUCCUUGUAUCAACAUGUAACGGUAAUGAUGAAUACAGUUCUGAAGUAUAGAAACAAUACGGAAGGUUUAGAUAAAGUAUUGGAAGUUAUUGAUUUGCCCCAGAUAUAUGCCAAUGUCGAUAAGAGAGAGAAAGAGCAAGAGAUCUCUGGUAUUGGGUAUGAAGAUAUAUUAGUUCAAGAGCUCCUCCACUACUUCAAGAAUGAUUUCUUUAAAUGGGUUAAUAAACCUCAUUGUCCAUCAUGUCAUAAUUCUGAUGAAUCUAAGAUCGAAUCACUUGGUGUGGCAACGUAUCCGGCCAAUAUACCGAAUCCUCAUGAAAUUACUCGUAUAGAGAAAUAUAGAUGUUUAGUGUGUCAUAAUAGUGUUGAAUUCUCUCGUAUGAAUAAUCCUAUCAGUUUAUUAACUACUCGAGAAGGUCGUUGUGGAGAAUGGGUUAAUUGCUUUAUGUUAAUACUCCAGUCAUUAUUGGGUGUUAAUGAAUUUGAAGAUCGAUUAAGGUAUGUUUGGAACUAUGAAGAUCAUGUAUGGAUCGAGUACUAUUCGAAAAGUCUCAAACGUUGGAUUCAUUUAGAUCCCUGUGAGGCUGUCUAUGAUGAACCACAUUUAUAUUGUAGUAAUUGGGGGAAACAGAUGAGUUAUGUUAUAGGAUUUAAUGAUACUUAUAUGAUUGAUCUAAGUUCAAAGUAUAUUAUUCCUGAUAAACAGAUUGAUCAGAAGUCUAUUGUACCAAGUCCAGAUCAUUUCAAAGAGUAUAUGGCAUAUUUGAAUUAUCUUAAGUUGAUAGAGACUUAUAAGAAGAUUGAAAAGUGUCUGUUAUCAGUAUCACAGAAAAUAAUUAAGCUUUACUACAGUCGAAUCCUUCCUAUGAAUCAGGAAUUGAAAGCAUUGAGAGAGUUAAAUGUUGUUCCUAGUAAAACCAUUGCGAAUGAACUUCCAAAGGGAAGACAAACAGGAAGCAAGCAAUGGACCCAUGAACGAGGAGAAGGCGGUUAAGUAUGUGUAUAUAAUAAGAUUUGAAGAAGUAGAAGUAGAAAUAGAAAUAUACAACUAAC